AGGAAGACGGCGCCGGAUCUCCCGCUGCUCCUUGGAAUGCCCCGUUUGCAAGGACUGCCCAGGCCAGCCGGCACCAGAUCCAGCAGGCACUUCCUUCCUCCUCUGAAAGUUUCGGCUACGAUCAGAGCCUCUUCCGACCUGCCUCCCGGGCGAAGCUCCUGAGGACCCAAUCAAAGAGCAGCCGGAGGGGUGGAGCCCGGGGGGGAAAGGCGCCACGGGGCUGGAAAGGAAAGGGGGCAGGCCGGGCUUGCGCCUCGAGGCGUCCCUUGCCAGGAGGAGCCCCGCAAAGAGUUUGGGCUGCCCGUCAGUUGCCAAGAGCGAAGCGCGCUUGCUUCUCGCUCGCCCACCGUGCGUCGAGGGCGCUCUUAGGGCCCUUUUAACGGUCGUGGCUCCCCGCCCCCGAAGAAUCGUCCCGAGCGUCUAGAGUCGCUCAGCAGCCCCAGUUCCCGGCACCCCAACAAACCCCAGAUCUUUGGAUCCUGUUCUGCCGGACCUCGAGCUGUUCUAGGGCUUGAACCGGGCCCAGCCGUCGCGGAAGGCUCUUUCGCUCCGCGGGGACGUGGGACAGCCGCGUGUGUGGGUGAGCGGCAGCAAAGUGGCGGAAAGUUUUCUGACUUGCGUGAACAGCGGCGAGUCAACCUGCACGGAGGGGUGGGAGGGGGGAAUCCUCUGACACGGAUCCUCGCCGAUCACUUUCAGACGUCUCUUGAGCACCUUUUGUUGCUAUUCAGUUGUUUUGGUGUCCUCGAGACAAUGAAUGAGUGGGCGCCCAUCGCGAAAGAGUAUGAUCCCCUCAAAGCAGGAAGCAUUGAUGGUACGGACCAGGAGCCCCACGACCGUGCCGUGUGGAGAGCCAUGUUGGCCCACUAUGUUCCCAACAAAGAUGUGUCAGGAGACCCCCACCUCACGCUCUUUGUCGCCAGGCUCAACUUGCAAACCACAGAGCACAAGUUAAAGGAAGUCUUUUCCCGGUACGGAGACAUCCGGAAGAUCCGCCUGGUGCGAGACCUGGUCACUGGCUUUUCCAAGGGUUACGCAUUCAUUGAGUACAAAGAGGAGCGAGCUCUAGUGAAAGCUCACCGAGACGCAAACAAACUGAUCAUUGACCAGCGUGAGAUAUUUGUUGACUUUGAGCUGGAGAGGACCCUGAAAGGAUGGAUCCCUCGGAGGCUUGGGGGCGGUUUUGGAGGCAAAAAGGAGUCGGGACAGUUGCGGUUUGGUGGCAGGGACAGGCCCUUCCGGAAGCCCAUCCAUUUGCCUGGUCUGAAAAGCAAUUUUUACGGGGAAGGUCAGGUGGAAAAAAGAGAGCACGCUUGGUCCAGGGAGAGAGCGAGGGACUGGAAGUCUAGGGACCGAGAUCACGAGAGGACCAGAGACCAGAGAUACUCUGAAAGGGAGCGGUCACGGUCACAGGGAUGGGGCGAGAGAGACGGGGAGCGGCACUCCAGAGAGGAAAGGAGCAGAGGGAGAGAGGGAAGAGACAGAGAGAGGAAAGACCACAGUCGGGACCGCAGCUCAAAGAAGCAAAGAGACGAAGACGAGCACUGAUGGAAUGCUCCCUUCCAGUGCUGCAUGGCCACAGAACACCAGAGGAUGAUGGGUAAGAAUAGGUUCAGCUUCUGAAACAAACCGAGCCAAAGCCCAGAGAACUCUUUCAUAAGUUUUGGAAUUGUGGGGAAUUCUCAUCUCCCUACAAUAUACGAUGUUGUGAAUUUUGUUAAAAUUGUUCAGGGGUACUGCUUGGUCUCAUGCACCUCCGAGCUUUUCAGGAUGCAUGUGAUUGGUGAUGCAAAACAUUCACGCGCAUUCUUAAUGCUCAGGUGGAAACCAUUCAGUCAUAGAAUGCUAACAGUGGAGAGAAAGGAAAUACCACUUCGACUAGGGGGGCGAGGAAUUCUUCACAGGGCAAGCAGAAAGGAGGGGGCUGCACUGUAUGGUAGGAAGGAUGAGCAGGGGAGGACAGGAGUUUUGGAGAAACCAGAAAAGAGGCCAGAUGGCCUGGGUUGGCUAACCUGUGGCCCCUGAGAUUUUGUUGGACUCCAACUCCCAUCAUCCCCAGAUAGCAUGGCCAAUGGUCAGGGAUGGUGGGGUUCUAGGCCAGCAGCACCAAGGAGUGAGGGCUCUUCUGUAGGCCUUUGAGGUGGGAACAAGAGAGAGCAGUGAGACCUAGGAUAGGUUUGGGGAACCUGUGGCCCUCCAGACGUUGCUGGACUACAACUCCCAUCAUUCCUUACCCUUGGCCUUCCUGGCUGAGGCUGAUGGAGUCUAAGCACAACAGGAGGGCCCCAGGUUCUCCAACCCUGGCCUAGGAAGUGAAGUAGGGCCGCCGCAUUUCAUGUACCAAUUUUGAUUAGUUAGCCAAAUGUUUGACAGAGCUCAAACAUGCUUAUAGAACAUGCAAAAGCCACAGAAGACCUCUUGUUAAUUGAGAAAGUUUAUUUAGAAUAUUAAAAAGAUCUACAGUUGACAUAGCUCUCUACCCACCCCUCCCCUCCAAACAAGCCCCAUUUAUCGCCUGUUUUAAAAAACUUACAGCACCCUGAAUCUUUAUUAAAGAUACACAUUCACUGCUUUUGCAUAUCACACGUUCACGCCUCUUUUCCUGUAGGCAAGUCUUCUUCAGACAAUUGCAUUCAGGGAAUGCUUGAGUUUGUGACAAUUGGUGAAAUGUUAACACUUCAAUAGGGUCUGAAAGCAGGUUGGCAACCCCUAGAAGAGGGAGGUUGAUAUGGGAUGGUAAUUUAAUGAUGUGGUUUGUGAUUUCUUUAUGCUUUUUUGGGGCGGGGUCUAUUUGUUUUGCCCAGAAUACCAGGAGUUCCCAAAUUGUGGCCUAUGGACUACCAGGGGUCCGCAAGCUUCAUUCAGGUGGUCCAUGGUGUGUCCACGUGAAAUAUUCAUGUUUUAUUUUUUAUUGCUUCUUUUAUUUCUUACGUUGUAUUUUAUUGUAUCACAAUUUGAAUUCUGUGGAAUUACAAUGAAAUACAAGAUAAGAAAUAAAAGCAAUAAAACCACAAUUAAAAAAUCAAUACAGCACCUAGCAAAGCGCAUUACAAUUGUUGCAGCCGGCAGAAAAAUCAUUAAGCAAUCUGUCAAGACCAUCACCAAUUUUCAAGUGGCCUGCAGGGAAAAAAGUUUGGGAUUUACUGCUGUACACCACUGAAAUGCAGUCUCUGGACAGGUAGCUGGGUUUGAAUCUAGCCCUUGAGCUGAAAGUGGUUUCCAAGCCCUGCCGUAGUGGAAGAAAUUAUGCAAAAUUAGCACAUUUGCACAGUUCAUUCAAGUUGCAGCAUCUGAGUGUGUGUGAUGAAAAGGGGGGGAAACAUUUAAAAUAUAGAACUUGGGGGAAACUAUUUCAUUGCAUUCAUCCUAUAGCCAAAGUACACACACACACAGAGCCAAUGGUGGCUGGUGUUUAUUGGGACUGGUAGGGCGGAAGGCAAGGAGAUCAACAGUAGGUGGCGCCAGAGCCAAUGACAGCCAGAGACAAGUAAUUCUAGUUUUGUCCCCAUCCUCCUCUCUGCUCAGUGCUGCAAGGGCAACUCUGAGACUAAGGAGGAGGCAUCUGACCGGCAGUGCCACCCCUUGGACUUGUCAGUAAGGUGGGCAUACUGAGAUUGGCACUUGCCCUAAUACUGUAGAAGAGCCUCCACCCACACACAGCUCAGGUGGUGACAUCACUGAUAGCUAGUUGGCUAUCAUUUGCCCAUGUGUGUGCAGUACAGUAUUAUUUAAAGACAUUGCUGGACACAUGUGAGUUCCUGGGAUGGUUCAAGAAUACACUGGGCUGCAUCUGCUUACAGAGCAAUGGAGAAUGGAAGAGCUGCCUGUUUGGGGUAGCCCUGUCCACUUCUCCAUGAGUAGUUGGAGAACUAGAAAUAGAAAAUGAGGUUUAAAACAAACAAACCCAAAACACUGAUAUUCAUGCCAAGAACUUUGAAGUACAACCAAAAGCCACAGUAGGGCAGCAUCGGUAUUAAGAUCAACAAAAAUGUCCCAAAGUUACUAGCAAGCUUUACAGUUUCCCAAAAUGCUUCUAAUUUAAACAGAAUGGGGCUGCCAAAGCCCCAAAGCCCAUAGUUUGUGGUGUGGUAGAGAAAUUGUGCACAAGAUUGCUACAAACUACAGGCUUUAGGGCAGCCCUGAAAAGAAAUUCACAAAAGUUACUAACAUAGACAUGGGAUUUUUCACGAGCCAGCUGCUAAGAGCCUGCGUUCCCUUGCUGGUCGUGGAGGAGAGGAAGCCUGUGCCUAUGCCACAAGCUUGGAAAUGUGCACUUUUGGCAUGCUCAGACAAAAAACAGGCUGGUGGAGGCGGCGGGGGGGGGAUGGAGUGAUCUGUCCUUCCCCUUUGCUAGCCAACUUGGUUUCCGUGAUGCCCAUGCAGGAAGAGGCUUUUCUUCCUUCACGGCUAGCAUGGAAACUGAAUGGGCUAGUGCAGAAGGGACGAUCCUCCUCCCGCCUUCUGCAUGAAACUCCGUGGGUCGCAUGGGCUACAAAGCAAGUUGAUAAACAUACAAGGCUGCCUCAGUGCUUUAAUAUCAUGUCCUACUUGUUCUCCCCACCCUACCCUGUUUUGUUUAACAUCUAGCCUGUGUGUGGGGAACCUUUGGCUCUCCAGGUGUUGCUGAACUACAGCUGCCAUCAUCCUUGACCAUUGGCCAUUCUUGCUGGGGCUGGGCUGAUGGGAAUUGUAGUUCAGCAGCAUGUGGAAGGCCACAGGUUUCCCACACCGGCUGCAGAAGAACUCUGGAGAACUUGAAACAUUUGCUCAUGGCUUACUGGCUCUGAUAAAGCGGGCUGAGGAACUUGUGCCCCUCAUUGGCUAUGCCAGAUGGGGUUGAUGGCAGCUGGAGUCUGAAGGGCCACCAGUUCCACACCCCUGUAAUAAAGGUAUUCACCUACCUUGGCUUUUGGAUUAUUUUUUUUAAUAGAUAAGCAGGACUACCCACAAUUUUUAGAUACAAGCAGAGGUCAACUCAACAUCAAGUGGUGGUGACCACACAAAAUGAGGCUGUCAGUGUUCACUUCUAGCUGGGCUCCUCUGUCUUUUGCAGCUGCAUGAGAAACAGACAUUUGGGAGGUACGCUUCCCCACCCUGAUCAUUGGUUCUGAAUGCUGGGAAUAGCUGCAUGGCUUGGCAUGAACUCUGUGCAGGUUUAGCUGCAAAACUGAUAUGAAGCCGCCUUAGUCUACCUACAACCUGGACCUAAGCCUGUAUACUCAGAAGCAAGUGCCCACAGAUGUGCAAUGGAAAUUGCUUCCCAUGGGCACAGGAUUUUAGUUUUACUGAGAAGCAAGUUCCCCUGAGCACCCACCACUUCUGGUUACAUGUGUUUGGGAUCAGUUGAUUUGUUUACAUUAGGGAAAUCUCAACUAAUUUUUGAACAUAAAAAGCUGUCAUAUCAAGUAAUGUCAUUGGUCAUCUAGCCCAUUAGGUCAACUGUGAAUGGCACAAGCUCGAUAAGCGGAAGACUUUCCUACCUUGAGUUUAACUGAAGAGCCCAGUUCUUGUAAGUAGGGGCACUUUAAUAAUUCCAGAAUACACAUUAGGCCAAUACCUUUAUUAGACUAACUAAGUAUCAUAUGCAAGUUUUUGAAUUCGCAGCUCUUCAUCAGGCUAGAUGCAAUUAGGGAACCCAAAUACUUGCAUACUUUUUGGUCACAUGUGACGUAAUAAAGGUAUUGCUCAAAUGUGCAUUUUGGAAUUUAUGAGUAAGUGUCCAUCCUUAAGUUUAAGAAUCCUUCCCCUGAAUAGGUUUUGGCCAUGUGUUGACAAUAUAAGGCUUCUUUAUGUAUCAGGUAGGUUCAGGUGGCACAGUUGGGAGACAGCAGGCACUCAUUGCAAGACAAACUCUUCCAGUUAGGAAAAACAGUAAGUAAAACCACUAAAAGUGCACUGCAGGGUUGUUGUGCAGUUACAUUCAGUAAAGUCGGAGUGCUGCCCCCCCCCAAACACUGGCAAAUGAGUCUAUCAUUCUACCAGUCUCCCUUUAUAUACAGAAAUAUGUAUAGUGGUCAGGGGCAGCCAGAGACAGAAAAUUCUUGGUCUGCAUACUAAUUGGAGGUGUCUCAAUUGAGGCACUCCAAAAAUCUUGACAGACAGCUGCUGUCAUACAAGGGGUCUACUUAAGCCUCCCAGCCUGGUGCCCUCCAGAUGUUUUGGAUUACAACUCCCAUCAGCCCCUGGCCACAAAGAUUUUUGGCUGGGACUGAUGGGAGCUGUAGUCCAAAACGUGGAGAGCUUUGUAGCGGAUGCAGCAAUGGCACAACUGGAUUAAGAGGAGAGUUCUUGGAGUUAAACUGAUUUUCAGCCCAAUAAGGUCGGUGGAACUUCAGGGUUGGAUCCAACUAAGUUCUAUUCAGAGAAGACCCACUGAAAUCAAUGGUGCCAAGUUAGUCACAACCACUAAUUUCAAUGGGUCUGCUCUGAGUAGAACUAACGCUGGGCACAACCCUAAGCUAGUGGAAUGGCAGCCAAGAAUAAUAAAUAUUAUUAAUAAUAAAAGUGCUGUACAAACUGGCCACUGCCAUUUCAAUAGGAUUCACUAAGUUUAAACUAAAAUUAUAGCUAGGGAAAAAAUGAAAUAAGUCUUCUACAUAUACUGUUAGGCCAAGGGCGAUGCUCAGAACAAUAAGUGUACUUGGUAUCUAUACUAUUACUAAAUGCACAAAGUGCUUGACCUAUUUCAAUAACUUUUAUAACAGCAGCUCUCAAAUGAUUUGCAAUCCAGUAUUUUUAUCCCUGAAUCGUAGAUGUGAGGCUGAGGGAACAACAGCUUGCUUAAGGCCACUAAGUGGGUUCAUUGCUAAAGGGAGAUUUGAACAGGGCCCCUCCCAGCUCACUCUUAGGUACCAGACUCCAGAGGUCUUCACACAAACCCAUUCAUACAUUCAAUAAUUGGGGGGGGCAGAAAGCUGGUGAUUGGCCACACCAUUAAUACCAGUGUGGCUACUAGUCAUGCCCUCUAGUAGCCACAAACAGAAACAUCGGAAGCUGCCUUAUACUAAGCCAGACCAUUGGUCUCUCUAGCUCAGUACUGUCUCCACUAACUGGCAGCAGCUCUCCAGGGUUUCAGGCAGGGGUUUCUUCUAGCCCUACCUGGAGAUGCCAAAGGUUGAACCUGGGACCGUCUGCAGGCAAAGUAGCGCUAAACAACUGAGCUAUGGCACAUUCAGUGUCUGCAAGAAAAGGGGUCCUAUAAAUGUAGGGCCCUUUUGCCCAAUAUGGAACUCUGACCAAGCAGGUUCCCUCUGGAGAGGAGGAUACCUACAGGACACCUCUCCUUCUAAUAGCAAACCCAAGGGAUGGGCGACAGCAAGAACUGAGCCAAAAUGGAUUUGCUGAGAAAAGAAAGGGAAGUGUAAAUAUGCUCAGGGAAAUCCAGGGGUUCAUAGAAGUACAAACAAACUUCUGAUUAUUUUUUUUUGAAACUGAGGUGGCAAAAACCCCCCCCCUUAAAAAAGACCAAUGAGGACUGAGCAUGCUCAGUAGCCUCGGAAUGAUGAAUGUUAGUUGGAAAAGCAAUACAGAAAUUGGAGGACUGGUGAGGGAGGGCGAAUACCCUGCUUGGAAGAAAAGGCUGGCUGGAGCACUCCCGAUAGCUGGGAGGAUACACUGCAGGUUUCACUUGUUCUCACCAUAAUGCCAAAUGAGUAGCCACUGGGGGCAUGGCCAGUAGCCACCACAGCAUUGGGGUGGGUGGAGGCAGCAGGCAUUAGCUUGCUCCCCCCUCACACACUCAAUUUUAUUCAUGGGGGGAGAGUUGUGUGGAGACUCCUCACACCAACUCUGAAGAGAUAUUUCCUGCCUCUGCCAAGUGGCACAAAAGCCUUGGAGGUAGGAAUGCUUGGGUGACAUUGGCAUUACCACAGAGAUGAAAAAACUCAAAAGAGCACAUUGUGGCAAAUUGACAAUUAAGCACGCUGUGAACCAAAGCCACCCCAAGCAAUAGCCCCUGUGGGAACUAGGACCCCAAAUCCUAAUCACCCAGUGGGCACAUCUCACAUAGCUAUUUGGAUCCCACCCAUAUAGACAAUAUUUGUUUAAAAGCUGACAGACUUUUGUUCCCAAAGCUCUUGAGGAGAUUAUGCCUACUCCCUUUACAGAAGAGACUACCUUCCCAACGAGACAGAGGGAAGAGAUUAAGGUAUGAGAAGGAAAUUUUUAAAAAAGGGUUAGCAUAAAUUUUGUCUGUUUAGUUUCCAUUAAUACGUCAGAAAAUUCAUAGCAAAAAUGCAAGGCACCAUCACCUUGUACACCAUGCUCUAGGAGGCACUAUAAAUAACAAACCAAAUAUAUAUAGAAAGAGAUAGUCCUGAUCCAUUUCCAGUAUGUUGCGUCAGUCAUUUUCAUAAUGGAUUCCUCUUGCAACAAGAAAGUGCCACUUCAGCGGCUGACAGGAACUGCCUUCAAGCAGAGUAGCUAAGAC